UAACGAUGGGAUUUCUGUCUUUGUGACAUCGCACACCUCAAACACACUCUUUCGAAUUCGGAUGGCAAUGAUCUGCACAUCGGGGCACCUUUCUCGCUCUUCUAUGAUUCGUUGCCUCUGGCACAAACAUAGAACCAAUAGAACACAGAAAAAACGACUGUUUCGAAGAAUUGCGACAAAUUGGGAUACAGAACAGGUUUAUUGUUUUUCUACGCAUCCUUCGUCCUAUCAAUAUAUUCAUGGGAGGGUUGGCCAGCCAAAGUCCAGCGAAUUCACCAGCCCACAUCGAAAAUUUUCAGCACAAACCUCUUCAACUUACAGGGAUGGAAAUACACUGCCGAAUGCUACUGUCAUAGAGAACGGAGCACCACAACCGAUCGUUUCGUCUGAGGAAUCAGAAGGCGAUGAUCUAGUUUUGGAAUCAUAUUUGGAUUCCUUUGCGGAAACAAUUGAAAAAGAUGUGGACAACGCCAUUACCGAGAUUGAUUCCCAGGAACUUUCUGUGAAAGAUGCCGGAACCAAAACACGACUUUCGACUCCUUCGGGGGACAACAUCGAACCAAAAAUCGACGACAAUAUUCCCGUUCGAGCGAAAAGCACGCUGAGAAUGCGAUGGGAAAGGGUGAUGGGGAAAGAAGACGCGCAGUAUCGCAAUCGCGGUAGAAAGGGACCGAACCAAAGGAAGUUUAGACUGUCGAUAGAAGAGCUAUGGGGUGAGGCGCUUCGACGGAAUGGAUAUUUCAUCAAACCGAAGCCUGCUGCAGCUGAGCCAGUCUCGAUUGAAAAAGAAAUAGCGGGAGACGAAGGGUCCGUGAUAGACCAGGAAAAAGAUUCAUUCCAGGACGUCAAUCGAGAACUAUCUCCUGUCUUUCGAUUGCCGGUAAAUGAGCAAAUGUGUCCCGCGGAAUUGGAGGCAUCGCUAUCAACAAAUAGAUACGAAACAAACGACGACCUGCGAACUUACGGAGAAAAAUUUGAAGUAACGCCUUUCGGUUUCAAUGACCCAAUAGAUGGCGAUAAUGGAAAACAUGAUAGAGUCGAGAACCAUCGCAAAAGCAUUCUUCGAAGUAUAUCCUUGCUGAUAGCGAUGAAACCUAAAGACUGGUCGCAGUUUGACUCGGAUAUCCCGAUUGAUUUCGAAACCAGAAUGGAAAAGAACGAGCCAAGCAGUGACAUGGACAAGGAUGUCCAUGCCCAACACGAGCUGCUCCAUGACGAAACGAGUGUCGAUCAAAACCAGAACAAGAUGAGUAAUGUUCGCAACUUCUUGCACCAUCUCAUGGAGCACAAAUACGGGCUGACCACACCAAUGGCCAAUGUUCUGUUGGCUCAUCUCGUUGUGUCUACAGAUAUGAAAAACAAGGAGAUCGGGGACAUGUGUUUGCAGGUAUUGGAGGAAAUGAAGCUAAUGGCAGAGAGCGGACAGCGUGAGUGCGGACCCGAUUCGACGACCUAUCGGAUUCUGAUCCUUGCGUUCGGUCGGAGACUGCAGGCGAUGGGCGAAGCCAUAAAAAUUGUACAGGAUAUCACGGAGAAUCCACCGACAGACACAACCCCAGAACUCGUGAACGACGCAUUGAGAGUUUGUCAAGCAAAGGCAGAACUUUCAGUCGCAAAAUCACUGAUGAACACUGUUCUGCGCAAUCGCAGUGCGAGCAUUAACGCACGGUCAUGCAUUCUAUAUACAGAAAUGUUGAAAACCCAAAAACUGGACCAGGAGGCGAUCCACUUCUUCGAUCGCAUACAUGAGGUAAGUACAGUUUCUGAAGUCGAGUACAGACCUUCCCAGAAGCAAGACAUCCAUUAUGUGCUGAUCGGGUGUCUCUUUCCAUCUUAUCCUACAGGCUGGUAUACUUACCAAAAAUGGCGAAGAAGUAUAUCUCGAGUCUCUUUGUCGAUGGCCCAGGAGAAGUCGUCGCGGAGACGUUCUUGACCUGUCCUCGUUUUGGGCAGAGAUUCUAUGCAUCUUGGAACACAAAACACUUUCCGUGGACAAGCCCGAUAUCAAAGUUUGGAUAACCUUUUUGGAAGGCUUGUACAACUCGGCUAAGAAUGACGGUUCUCUCUGGAAGAUGGUCGGAAGUGCAAUGCGAAUGGUUCUCGAUUGUUACCCCGGGAGUUUUGUGGGUGCAAAGCUGAUGACCAUAGGUCUCGAUGCAAGCUCAUCUGUGGAAGACACGGAAUUAGCUUCGAUGAUCCUGAGACGAGUGGCAGCCCAACCAGGCACCGGCAGCGCAGUACAAGGCCGUGGUACGAUCGUUCCGUUCCGCGCCGUGAGGCGUGCCCUAAAAAUGUGCGUGCAAACCUCGGACACCGCAAGCGCGAGAUCCAUCCGAGAAUCCCUGGAGCAGAUAGGCGACCCGUACCCUUCCGGGGCAAAGUUCGAGCUCCACUCCCUCGUGCUGCUGUGCCACGCCAAGGCCAACGAGACGGAACACGCAAAACGCGAUCUCGACGCGAUGAUCGAGAACGGAUCGAGUCCGAGGUGCGUCAUGGCCUGCCUGAUGGUCGAAUCCGAACCCAAUAUGAAUCCCGAUGGGAAAGAUUCAAACGCACCCUCUCGCUCUUCUCACUUCCAUUUGGUUUGCAUAUAAAUUCUAUUUCACAGCGAAGAGCUAUACAGCGCCGUGCUCCAUUCCAUGGCGGUCACAAACAGGUUCAACGACAUGGAAGAACUGUUCCAAUCCAUGCAAACGGAAAGCGGCAAGGGAACCAAACCCGGGGUGCUGUCGUACGACGCGAUUCUGCUCGCCAGAAUCCGGGCCAGGUCCUGGAACGGAGCCAUUGACCUGUGCGAGCAAAUGAAGGCGGAGGGCCUCGUUCCCAGCGCCCACACCGUCCAGGGUCUGUUGCUGGCAAAAAACCAAACCGGUGGCAGUCCCGCCGUCGCUUCCACGCUGGAGUCCCUCCUGCAGAGCGGUGGCCAGUUCGACGAGACCGCCUUUCGGCUUGCCUGCAGGAUGCUGCUCGGUGGCGCGGCGGACGGGAACCUCGAGGAACUGCGGCAGAACAUCCGCGGUUUCGGGGAAGAGAGCCCUGCAACGCUGAGAGAGCCCGCCCUGAACCUGGCCCGUUCCAUCCGGUCGGCGGAGAUCGAAGACGACAGGCGACCUAACACAACCACCGGACAAGCAUCCGAGCACGAAACGAAACGGAAGCAAAAAGAAGCUUGGCAAAAAGCGACUUCGCAUUUGUUGGAAUUUGUCAACAAGCGGCGGAAAACCGAGGAAAUAACUAGUGGUAGUCGUAAUGAAAUAUAGCACUUCAGACAUCCAUUGCAUUGAUAUCUUCCCCAUUGCCAUCUUGGUACAGGUUCUGAUCAGGUUCAGAUACCACUUG